ACUAUAGCACUAAAUAUGGGCUUAGACGUGCGCACCCCUGUGACCCUCUGGAAAGACAAGGCUAUGGUAGAGUGUAACAUUGCUGUUCUUCACAGUUUUCAAGAGAUGGGCGUUACAAUCGUCGAUCAUCACACUGCCUCCGAAUCAUUCAUGAAGCAUUUGGAGAACGAAGUUCGCCUACGCAACGGGUGUCCAGCAGACUGGGUCUGGAUUGUACCUCCGCUAUCGGGAUCGGCCACUCCUGUGUUUCACCAGGAGAUGGCGCUGUAUUAUUUAAAGCCAUCGUAUGAAUAUCAGGAAGCUGCAUGGAAGUGUCAUAUAUGGAAGAAAGGUCGAGAUUCUGGCAAAAGCACCAAACCUAGAAGAAAGUUUCAUUUUAAACAGAUCGCAAGGGCGGUCAAAUUUACAUCCAAAUUGUUUGGUCGAGCUCUAUCGCGAAGAAUCAAGGCCACAGUUCUAUAUGCAACAGAAACUGGAAAAUCCGAAAACUACGCUAAAAAAUUGGGCGAAAUUUUUGGUCACGCUUUCAACGCACGAGUUUAUUGCAUGGACGACUACGAUAUUUCCAACAUAGAACACGAAGCUUUAUUGUUGGUUGUUACGUCGACAUUUGGAAAUGGAGAUCCGCCGGAGAAUGGCCAAGAAUUUGCCAACAACUUGUAUACUCUAAAGAUAAGUGAGAACGGAGUAACCAACGGAGAUCCGGAAAGGCUGAGCAUGGCUACGUCAAAGUCCUUUAUUAAAGCGAAUAGUCAAAGUGAACUUGGUUCAGUGAAACGACGGUUAGAUCGUCUAGACUCCCUACGUGGUGGUUCAUCUUCCAUUAGCGAACCACUUCUAGAAGAUACGUUUGGACCGUUAAGUAAUGUCAGGUUUGCCGUUUUUGCUUUGGGAUCCAGCGCCUACCCUAAUUUUAGCGCCUUCGGCAAAUACGUCGACAAUCUGUUGGGGGAGCUGGGAGGUGAGAGGCUGUUGAAAUUAGCUACCGGAGAUGAAAUGUGCGGACAGGAACAGGCCUUUAUGAAGUGGGCACCGCAUAUUUUUAAGCUUUCUUGCGAGGCAUUCUGUUUAGACGAAGACGAAAGUUUUUUGGAAGCAACAAUCACAUUGCAAAGCGAGUCGUUAACACAACAAAAUGUCAGGUUUGUUGAAUCAAAACAAGACGAAACAGCAAGUGCCUUAGCCAAAUGUCACAAUAAAAAGGUUAUUUCGACGACACUGGUCAAACAACAGAAUCUUCUCAACGAAAAAUCAUCAAAGGCGACUUUGCUGUUGGAGUUUAGCACCAAUGUAGUUUAUAAGCCAGGUGAUCAUAUCGGAGUAUUUCCAAUGAACCGUAAAGCGUUGGUAGAUAUUAUUCUGAAUAGAGUAAAAUGCAAUACUGAUCCAGAUUCACCGGUAGAGUUGCAGAUACUAAAAGAAACACACACUUCCAACGGCGUAAUAAAGAACUGGGAAGCCCACGACAGAAUCCCACCUCGUUCUUUACGAGACUUAUUCACUCGGUUUGUGGACAUAACGACUCCUCCUUCUCCCAAUUUGCUGCAGCAUUUUGCCAGCAUUGCCAGUGACAAAGAAGACCAGAAAAAGUUGUAUCUAUUGGCUUCGGACUCAUCUGCUUAUGAAGACUGGAGACACUGGAGAUUUCCCAAUUUAGCUGAGGUUUUAGAAGAAUUUCCUUCCGUUCGACCCUUUGCACCUUUAUUAGUGGCCCAAUUAAGUAUAUUGCAACCAAGAUUUUAUUCUAUUUCAUCGUCUCCCUUACUUCAUCCAAACCAGAUUCAUUUGACUGUAGCCGUGGUGGUUUAUCAAACACAAGGUGGAGAUGGACCAAAUCACUAUGGAGUAUGUUCCAAUUAUCUACAGGAUCUUCAAAAUGGCGAAGAAGUUUCCAUAUUUAUCCGAAGUGCCCCAAAUUUCUAUUUGCCAACUGAUGUGUCAAAGCCAAUAAUUCUGGUUGGACCUGGUACCGGAAUUGCGCCAUUCAGAGGAUUUUGGCAACAUAGAUGGGUUCAGUUAAAAUCGAAUCAAAACAUUGGUAAAAUAUGGUUAUUUUUUGGUUGUAGAACCAAAGAGAUGGACCUGUAUAAAAAAGAAAAGGAGAAAAUGCUAAAAGAUAAUGUCUUAAGCAAGGUCUUCUUAGCACUGUCACGAGAACCUGACAUCAAAAAGACCUAUGUCCAGGAUCUGGCUUUGGAAGAAGCGGCUGAAAUUUAUAAAUUGUUGGUUAUUCAAGAGGGACACUUUUACGUGUGCGGCGACUGUACUAUGGCCGAACAUGUAUAUCAAACGUUAAAAAAGAUAAUCAAGAAGUAUGGUGGCAUGUCUGAAAACGAUGUAGAAUCGUUUCUCUUAUCAUUAAGGGAUCAAAAUAGGUAUCAUGAAGAUAUAUUCGGAAUUACACUAAGAACGGCCGAAAUUCAUAACAAGUCUAGGGAAUCCGCUAGAAUAAGGAUGGCAUCUGAACCUUAACAAUAACAGCACCUUGCUAUAUCUAAAAUAUCUUUUCAAUAUUUAAAAUAAGCCUUUAUAUAAGCUUUUCUUCCUUUCAACGUAAUUCAAUUUAAAAAUACAGUUGAGGUUGCAACCUUAGGAAUUACACAACACCAAAAUAAAACACUAGUAUAUUAUAGUGUUUUAUUUUUCUAGUGUAUUUUGCUGUUAAAUGAAUUUAUUAAAAUUUAUAGCAACUAGAAUGAUGCUUUCACAUAGUAAACACACGUGCAAAAAUUACAAAAAACAAAUAAAAAAAAUGUGUGUGCACUAUGCGCCCAUAUUUGAAGUGAAACUUCUUACUUCCAUUUGUCUGUCUGUCCGUCUAUCUGUCUGAGGACUCCAUUCGUCUACCCCUAUCCACGUGCCUAGUUUGGUUCUAAUCGACUCAUAAUUAAGAAAAAUCCUGAUGAUUUCAUCCAUUUAGAGGGAUCGGUUCGAAACGUCGAUGGCGUCAUCCUGUAGCCCGUCCCCAAUUAUGCCGAAAUCGACCCACAUUCUUUUUCCACAUUCUUCAAUAUCAAUUCGGUAGUCCCAUCCUGAUGAAGAUGUGAACGAAUCGUUGUAUCCAACUUUGCAGGGUGGGACCUGUGACCUGUGCACCGUCGCUCACAUACCAAAUUAAUUUGGUCGCGAUCGGACGACAUCAACUUUUGAUGUUUCUUAAGUCAGGUUUCCAGUGGUGGAACACUGAGGAACUUUUGUGUUGCUGUUGCUUGUUCCUAAAAAGGUUCCAUAAAGUUCCUUUAUAUUUCUUCUUGUUUUGGUAACAAAUUUCAAAUGUUCCUCUUUCUUGCCGGUUUCCAUUCUGAGCGGUAAACUUCAAAAGAAAUUCGGCAACAGUGAGUAACAUGCAGCAACAAAUGCGUAUUGUUGCCGCAGUGGAAACAAUUAUAUAAUAAUUAUUCCAGUAAACAGUGAAGGGUAAACUAGUAUUUCAAUAUGCCGUUUAACUGGACGAAUUAAUUAAUUGUUCAACUUAUUGAAGAUUAUAGACGAUAUGAGAAAGCACAUAAAGUAUAAAUAAUAUAGAAAUGCAAAACAUGAUGCUGGUCAAAACUGGUAGAAAAAACCGGAGAAGGUACUUGGCAAUAGAUUUUAUAUAGCAUAGUAAUAGUAAUAGCAAUAGUAACUAAAAUUGCAUACAUACCUUUACUGUAUCUUCAAGAACAUCUGCAAUAGCUUUACAAACUUCAGGUAUUAUUCUACUAAUUGACGGUACCGAAAUUCGGAACAAAAACAUCAAUGAAUGGUAUGAGUCGCCUGUGGCAAGGAAUCUUAACGUAACAAGCAAUCGCUCUAGUGGAGAAAUGGCUUCUCUAAAAUGUGUGUCUUUUUUCUGAAUGCGGGGAGUAAUUUGACACAAUAACCAAUUCAUGGUCGGUUAUGGACAUUCCUAAAAAAAUUUUUACACUACCAUUAGUUAUUCUUCUCUCAAAAAAGUCGUCUUUUUUAAGAACAUUGAAGAGCUGCUGGCCACCGUAUUGCUUUCUUUCUUGAAAACUUGGCUUAACCCAACACGUAUGCUUUCUUUUUCGUUUUCUUGUGGUCAAUACUAUAUACUAAUGUUAUUUCUUCGUCUGCAUCCAUAUUUCUACACUAUGUUGCAAUCAGGUGGAAACAUUAGAUUGCACUGCACAAAUUACCAGAAACAACGUAAAUGGUUUAGUCGACUAAGUGGAAACAAAAAGUUUACAUGUGUUGCUUAUAAGUUUAAUAGAAACAUGGGGCAACAGAAAUGUUUCUCAAUGUUCCCUCAGUGGAAACCUACCUACCUUUACGUCAAAAC